AGUAAUUAGAUAUUCUAUGUAGCAGUAUUAGUAUUAGUAUUAGUAUUAGCAUUAGUAGCAGCAGUAGUAGUAGUACUAUUAGUAUUAAUAAUAUUAGUAGUGGUAUCAACGGAAGUAGGAACCUUUUUAAAAGGAUUGAGGGGAGCAUUAAUUACGUGACACCGUUACCAUGGAGACAGAACUGCUACAUCCGGACGCUCAGUGAAAAGGUUUGUUUGUUUGUUUUGGUAAGUUUUGUGGCUAUAUUGGUAAAUUAGCUGUCACAUUAAGCUUAUAGUAUCAAUAACACAGUACAAAUACAGCUAAACACCGUGUAGCUGAAUAUUAACGUCAAAACAGCUCAUAUAAGUUGUGUUUCGAUUAUUUACGCAGGAUAUAAAACAACAACAACAACAACAACAACAUGGACUCUGAGUAUGUAAAAAGACACCUGGGACAAUGUCUGGCCGACGGACUGGCUGAAGUGGCCGAGCAGAGGCCGGUGGACCCGAUCCUUUAUCUGGCCCGGUGGCUUUACAAGUACAACACAAACGUUCAGUAUGAGGCAGAGAAAAAGGCCCAUCUGGCACUCCUGGAGCAGGAGCGAGUGAAAGCCAGAGAGGAGGCGUUGUACCAGGAGAAGCUGAGGGAGGAGGAGCGAAAGAUCACUGAGGCCCUGGAAGAGUCUAAAGAAAUUUCUGAGAAGGAGCUUACAGGGUCAGAUGCUCCCACGCCAGCCACAGCAGGAUCUGCUGAGGACAACAAACCUGUGACAGAAGAGAAACCAAACACCCCUGAUCCAGAAAACCUGCAGGGCACAGACCAACACCAAACUGAAGCUCUCAAAAAUGACACUGAAGCGGAGGGGACAGGUACAGAUAAUGCAACCAGUCCAGAGCCGCCUGAGAGAAAACCAGUGGAGGCCAGUAGCUCUCCCCUCUCUGAGGCCCUCAGCACUGAGGUCAAAGAGGAGUCUGCAGAAAUGCCUGUUGAAAAAACCGAAGUGGAGCCGAGGAGCGAUGAAGCAGGAGAGAAAACAGAGGUGGAGCCAAGUGACAAUCAUGUAGAGGAGAAAACGGCAAGCACCAAUGAAGUAGAAGUGAAAGAAGUUAACCAAGAGGAUAAGGUGGUUGAUCAAGCUGCCACUGCUGAAUCUGAGCAGACUGAUACACUGCACUCGACUCCCGACGGGGACGCUGAUGACUUAAAAACAGACAACACAGAAGAGCUACAUGACAAACCGAGCCCUCGUUCCCCAGACCAGCAAGACACAGAGCAGGUUGAUGAAAGUGAAACUGGUCAUUUGGAGUCAGACCCACAGAGUGAAGGUCUCAAACCAGAGGAGACGUUUUCUACCGAAGAACAGACGAAACAGGAGACACAGGACCAGGAAAAGGAGGCAGACGGGCAACGCACAAGCGAGACUGCUGAUAGCUCGGCUCCAGCUGACAGAGACGCAACAGUGGAGGAGACGGCGUCCAGCGAGAGACCUGUGACUUCACCAGGGGGACCUGAAAACCCUCCUCCUGACAUGGAACAUGUCCUGGAGAAGGAAGAAGAAAAAGAUGCAGACCAGGCGUGAUCAAAUCAGUGACGUUCCACUGAUCCAACAUGAAGUUUAGCUUCAAUAUACAUGUAAUUUGUUUGAUAUAAAUGUGCAAAAAUAAGUGUUAACUAAAGAAUAAACAGUCAUCACCAUACA